GCUCUCGGUGAGCGCGUGUACAUAAAUUGCACGCGCCGGCUUCGUCGGUCGGUAACCCCGUGGGUACGCGUGGAGGAGGAAUUGCUCAGAACUUUGUUAGACUCACAAGUCCAUGGCUUUCCGCGCACACCGCAGCUGCGCUUGGAUGUUGCUUCUGGGAGCAUGCGUGUCGCUGGCAGCUGGAACCGACUGUGCAAAGGAGUGCGCGCUCUGCGUGUACCGCUUGCUCGUGCAACACUCUGGUUUCUCCACUUUGACAUGCUCACUCGAGUGUGAUGGCGAGUUGGACAGUGAGAAGCUCCGCCUCUGCUGGAACAUCCUACUGGACGAAGCAAACCAUGUUCCUUUUGAUGGGGUCCAAGAAGAACCAGAGGCAGCUGGCAUCAUCACAACUCAUGACGAGGAUGCAUCAUCACCAGGACACCAGCUGGCCAAGAAAUACGGCGGCUUUAUGAAGCGUUACGGUGGCUUCAUGUCUCGGCGUUCUUUUUCAGAAGGGUUGUUAGCUGAUUCCGUAAAUCAAGAUGAGGAAGACAAAAUACGGCGGGAGAUCCUGAAGAUCCUUAAUACGGUGUCUGAGCAUGGCAGAGAGGGGGGCAUUCAGGAUCGCGAAGCUGUAAAGCGGUACGGAGGCUUUUGGGGGCGUGCUGAUGACGGGGAGGUACAGGGUGACCUGCUGGAGGCAGUGUUGGGUCGUGGAUUGAGAAAGCGUUAUGGCGGGUUCAUGAGGCGUGUGGGCAGGCCCGAGUGGUUGGUGGACAGCAACAAGAAUGGGGAAGUAUCAAAGCGUGCAUGGGAAAAUGGCGAGCUACAGAAAAGGUAUGGCGGGUUCAUGGACUAGGAAUCCAGAGUUCAAACCCGAUUCACUUCUGCCGCAGAUAAUCCUAUUAUUCAACCGAGCACCUUCAUUUGGCUUUGUAUAAAGUGCUGCUGCCUAUACUUUGACGCUUCAGUGGGUCCUGUGAUAGCAUUAAAUAUUUGGAUGCAAUCUGUCAAAAGCAAAGUUUGGCUGUUUGGAAUUUGAAUAUAUUAUUUAUUAAAAUACUGUGUUGAUCGAG